GGAUCGAGCUCCUGCAGAACAUGAAAUCCCAAGAGGUUAAAGAGCCAGGCUCUCUGAGAAACACGCGCGAUGAUUUGGAAGCGAGCGAACGAGACCUGCCGAAGAAGACCGCCGCGCUGAUCAAGCAGAAAACCAGCCUGGAGAACCCAGCGGAGGCGGGGCCUAAGUGCAGGAGGAGGAUAAGUGGCGACGCGGGGGGACGGACCCCGUGCACAGAGGGAGCCCAGCAUCUGCAGCCCCCGCAGCCAUGGAGCUGUAUCUUGACCUGGUGUCCCCACCCUGCCGCUCCGUCUACCUUUUCGCCCGAGCGCUCGGGAUCCCCUUCGACUUCAAGCUGGUGGAACUCGUGGCAGGGCAGCAGCACACAGAGGAGUUUGGAAAACUCACCAUCGUGAGGAAAGUUCCUGUCCUGAAGGACGGCAGCUUCAUUCUGACAGAAAGCACUGCCAUCCUGACCUACCUGGCGCAGAAAUGCUCGGCGUCAGUAGCGGACCACUGGUUUCCAGCAGAGCUGCAGCAGCGGGCUCGUGUUAAUGAAUACUUGUCCUGGCAGCACCUGAACCUCAGAGCUCACUGCUCAAAGGUCUUCCUGCUGAAGACUCUGUAUCCAUUCGUCAUGGGCUCCGAGGCCCCGAAGGAGAAAAUGGACGCGGCUCUGGAGGACCUGAAGCAGUCCCUCAACCUGCUGGAGGAGAAGUUCCUGCAGGACAAAGCCUUCAUCGUGGGCAGUAAGAUCUCUGUGGCUGAUGUGGUGGCUGUGGUGGAGAUCAUGCAGCCUCUGGGGAACGGUGUGGACGGGUUCGAGGGCCGACCGAAGCUGACGGCCUGGAGAGAGCGAGUGAAGAAGGAGCUCGGCACGAAACUGUUCGAGCAAGCUCACGAGAGGCUCCUGGACAGCAAAGGCCUGCAGCAGAAGAUGCAGAACAACAGUCAUCUGGAGAAGCUCAAACCAGUGCUGCAAAAGUUUUUCAACUGAUUUCCAACAAACUCCUGUGCUGCUUUGAAAUAAAAAUGAUUUUAGUUGAAAAUCAUGCAAAUAAAACACCAAAUGUUUG